AUGCCACCAGCAGAACAUUGGAAUUUCUUGGUUAGAGCGUUGCAACUGAUCGAGACUGCUAGCAACAGCGAUACAUUCCGCGAGACUCCCGCCUUCUUUAGAGACAGCUCUGCAGGCUCAGAAAAGAUGUGGCAGCUAUCGACACAGGGUUCACCGGUUGCUAUAUACGACAGUAUGGCGUGGCCUUAUCGAAAAUGGGGAUACGUUUUGUGGGAUCUUGACCGUCUUCGAGGCGAUGUAGAUGGGCCAUGGAGGCCUGCUACAGAGCUGGAGCAAAGACUCACCUCACAUAAUAUGUUAUCUAAGCGCGCUUCAUGGUCUGCAAGAGCUAGUAUCUAUCGCCAGGGAGGGCGCGGGUGGUUUCAUCCUUCCGAUACGACACGAAUUAUAUGGCCGCCAGGCAGAGGAAAUCGCGAGGUGUGUUGGUGA